AUGGAUGCUACUGGAAGCACUCAAAACUUGGCGUUUCUGCGGCUGCAGCGCGUUUGGGAUGAGCAGCGCCAACGUCUCACAGCACCUUUCUAUGGACAGAAGGGCUUCCUUCGCUCGGAGGCGCAACAGCAGGACUUCGAGUGCUUCUUCGAGCGUUACCUCCGCUUCCUCCGCAGCCAGCCCCCGGACUACGGCCUGCCAGCAGCUUCCGCCGCCCCGCGCGCACCAACGGGCCAGGAGCUGAGGGGCGCCCAGCGGUUGGUGGCCGCACUGCCCAGGGUCUUUGAUCCGUGCCUGCGGAGGAACUUGGAGGUGAAAGGAGGGGAGGUCCGAGGCAUCGACCACUUGGACUCUUUGUUGUUCAGAGGGGUGCUGCAACACUAUGAAGAUUUCAGGCAGAAGAUGGCGCUGCAAAAGCUCCGCAAGUUGCGCGACACCAUCCGCAGCCUCCCGGCCACCGCCCAGCGGGAGCAGCUGGUGGAGGCGGUGAAAGCACACCCCGUGGUGCUGGUGGCAGGCGACACUGGCUGCGGCAAGUCCACCCAGGUGCCCCAGUUUCUGAUGGAGGCCGGCUUCCACCAGAUCCUGGUGACGCAGCCGCGGCGCAUCGCCGCCAUCUCGCUGGCGCGGCGCGUGGGCGCGGAGCAGAUGGACGUGGCGCAGAGGAAGGUGGUGGGGCAUCAGAUUCGUUUCGACUCCAGCCUUACAGAGAAGACCCGGAUCCUCUUCGUGACCGAAGGGAUUCUGCUCCGGCGCUUGGAAAGUGAUCCAGAGGUGAACGACUUUGAUGUGGUCAUCGUGGACGAGGUGCACGAACGACACCUGGUGGUGGACUUUGUGCUCGGAAUCCUGCGAGAGGUGGUGACCAACCGACGUCCUGGGCUCAAGUUGGUGCUCAUGUCUGCCACCUUACAGAAGGACCUCUUCACAAAGUUCUUCGACCUCCCGGAGACUGCGGUGAUCCAAAUCCCCGGGCGCAUGUUUCCCGUGGAGAUCGAACACAUCGCGCUGAAGGACGAGCCGUUGACCAUUCGGACCGAUGUUGUGAAGCGUGGCUCGCAACGGAAGCAGUUCGAUUGCGAGCCAUUUCUGGAGGUGUUGCGUCGCAUUGAAAGUUCUCUCAGGGAAGACGAGCGUGGAGAUGUGCUGAUCUUUGUGCCUGGUGCUUAUGAGAUUGAGGCCCUGGUGGGUGCCAUCAGCGAGCUGGCGCAGCGCUCGCGCUUCUGGCUGCCGCUGCCCUUGCAUUCGCAGAUGCCGGUGGAGCAACAGGACGGCACCAUGGGAAGCCAGGUGGUGCCCCAGAUCCCCCCAGUGAUGUUUGUUGGGGCACCACCAUUGCAAAUUCACAAGACCUUGUCAGCAGUUGAGGCUUGGGAGACGGUUUUUUACCUCUAA